AUGAGCAACGACGAGAACACGCAGGCGUUCCUGCAGGAGAUACUCCUCCAGUCGCCAGAACACCUCCAGGCUGAUGUCUUGCGGCUUCAAGACCUCUGGGAGCAGAAGCUCUGGCACGAGCUGACCGAGACCUUGAUCACCAUCUUCAACAACCCCGAGAGCGCCUCCUCCCGCCUCCCCAUCUACAACAACUUCAUCCUCCAGUUCGCCGACAAGAUCAACCAGCUGAAGCUUGUCGACUUGGCUCUCAAGGCCGCGCAACAAUGUUCGGAUCUCCAAGAACGCCUCAGCUUCACCGAGGCAGUCGCAAAGAAGGUGGACCCCGAAGAGGAGAAGAAGAAGAACAAGAGCGCCGACGAGGAGGAAGACCCAAACUCAAGAAAUGCCUACGUGUACGCAACAGUUGCGGUGGCUCAGGUGAAGCUCGACCUCGGCAAUCUCGAAGACGCGCGGAAAGACCUGGCCAAGGCUGAGAAGAAGCUGGACGUGUUUGACUCUGUCGAGACAGUCGUCCAUGCUGCCUUCUACAAGAUCAACGCCGCCUUCUACUACCUGAAGCAAGACUUCGCAUCCUACUACCGGAACGCACUGCUGUACUUGGCAUGCAUUGACAUCAAGAGCCUGGACGCCGCCGAGUGUCGCAAGCGGGCGUACGACCUUGCGACUGCGGCGCUGGUAUCCACAAGCAUCUACAACUUUGGCGAGCUGUUGCUGCACCCUGUCCUGGACGCGCUGAACAAUGACAAGGAUCGGUGGCUGCGGGAGCUCCUGUUCACAUUCAACGCCGGCGACCUGGUCAAGUACGACCAGCUGUCCGGAAGCAUCAACUCCGACAAGCUGCUGGCCCAACACAAGGAGAAGCUUCGGGAGAAGAUAUACCUGGCAGCGCUCACAGAGGCCGUCUUCCGGCGGCCACCGCACGAGCGGGCGAUGAGCUUCGCAACGAUCGAGCAGGAGACGAAGGUGAAGCCCCACGAAAUUGAGCACCUUGUCAUGAAGGCGCUGAGCCUGGGUCUGCUCCGGGGAACGGUGGAUCAGGUGGAUGAGGUGGCGAACAUCAACUGGGUUCAGCCCAAGGUUCUUGACUUCAAGCAGAUCGAUAGCAUGCGGUCUCGUCUGGCAGAGUGGGACAGCAGUGUCAACCAGCUGGGCAACUGGAUUGAGAAGUCGGGACAGGAUGUCUGGGCAGCGUAG